CCGUCGCGCCCGCUCAGCCCGGCAAUGGGUUCGUGGCCCAGAUUGAGCGCAUCCGCGAGGGCUCAUCCGCCGGGUUAUCCUCAGAAGGCACCCAGGUUGAGAUCCAGUAUGUGUCGGUCGCCAGCGCCACCGCACCAAUGCGCCUCAUCUGCAACAGCAUCUUUGGCGGUGACGAGCGGCCCUUGCCGACCGCCCGCUCCACCGCCUGGUUGUCAAUUGCGAUGAGGACGCGGUGGUGGAAGCGGGACCUUGCUCUCGCCCACCACCUGGUGCAGAUAGCCGCCGCCCGGACCUCCAGAUGGGUGAUGUGGUCGUCGUAUCUCCAGCGGCCCCGUGCAGCCACCUUCCAGCGCAGGGUGCGCCAGAGUGGCCGUUCAAGUGGCACCUCAUCAUCAUGGCGACGGGCACGCGGCUCAGCAGGUCCGUGGUCGACGGCUGACGCACCAGAUGGGUCGAUGGGUGAGGGAGAGGGAGCGGCGAGAGUCUUGUCAACAGCAGCUUGGGCGGCGGGCAGGGGGGCCACCGCAUACGCCACGCCAAAGCCCCCCUCGGACGCACCACAUGCCAUGAUCGUCGCCGCGAGCGGCGCUCGAAUGUUGGUCAGCAGGAGGGGCGCCAAUCGACAGGCCGUCACCAGCUCCCCACACACCCGUGGCCACAAGUAUGACCACUUGCGGUCGAGCUUUCGGCAGAACUCGUAGCAGCGGGCGAAGAUGGCCAACGCCGGGCGUCUUGCCAUCAUAAACCACGUCCAGUGGCCCAGCAGCUGCUGCAGCAUCCGCCCAGAUGCCCGUCCCCGCCGCAGCACAGCCCUUGUCGCUCCAACGAGGCGCUUCACCUUGCCCACAUUGGCUGCCACGACUCCUCUGUCACCAUCGACCACCAAUCCCAGCGCUGUCGUCAUCGUGGAUGCCGGCUCGACCUUCUCCUCCUUCACCGGAAAGCCCUCUCCAUCGUAGGCCACUCUCGCCCCCCCCAUCCGCUGGUCGACCCGCCGCCGCAACGCAGGCUCCUCGACACGCUGUCCGAUCGCCCACCAGAGACUCUCGUGCAUGGUCAGCGUGCGGCGCCACAGUCGACGGUGCGAGUCGGGUGUGGAUAGAGGAGACGCCGUGCUUCUCCAGUAUGUGCUCAUGUACUGCCUGCGCCAGAUACACGGCAUGCGAGAAACCCAUUGGGAGGGUGCGGCAGGCGGGGAAGAGCCGGCCGCUGGCGGGUAGCUGCAGAGCGGCCCGAUCAGCCUCAGACAGGUCGAGCGACUGCACAUCCACCGCCGGCAGGCCGAAGUAGUCAGACAUCCACAGGGGUAUCCGGAUCUGGUGAUAAUAGUUUGACAGGUCCAUCUUGCCCAUCACCAGGACCUCCCCGUCCGCUAGUGUGAGGUUGCAGAAGUCGGCCGCGUUGGGGAGGCUCACGUGAGGGGAGGGAAGGAAGGCGGCGUUGCCUCGCCGCAGGUCGACGAUCAAACGGAUGGACGAGCCCAACUCCUUCCAGACACCGAACACCCCAUUGACAGCUCGCACCUCCGGCCGCAGAUCCACCAUGCCGUUCUUGACCAUCCGGGACACAAGCGCCAGGUACUGUCUGCGCGGCACACCAACAAACUGGGGCCGCACCUCACUGCCGAUCCUUGCGAUAAACUCAGGCUGCAGCAGAAAGGGGGAGGGGGCAGCAUAGCGCUCACGCAGAGAGGCGGGCAAGACACCCAAUAACUCCACGCAGCCCGCAGCGCUAGGCAAUGACACCUUCUGCUGGUCGAACGCCCUUCGGGGCACAACAUUGCCCAUCCCCGUAUCGUUAGCGUAGUCCGUCACACCUAGACCCAGCACCGCAAGGAGGUCGUCCCUCUCCCCUCAGGCCACACACCAGCCCCGCUGCGGGGCUGUAAGGUGGCUGGCUGGACCUGGGUUCUGAGUGUGCGUGUCAUGUUGCAUGUCUCGCGCUUGUUUGCA